CACCAAAUAGGUCCACCUUUUGGACAUGCCAUUCUCAGCCCAACCCCCUCAACAACUACAGUGACACCAUUUACUCACUGUAGUAUCUUCAUUCACUCGUUCAACUUCUUCUUUAACCUAGUCAUGUCCCACUCUGCAUCCCUUUUCUUAUUAUACUCACGAUCCCGGUCAUAACGGCCUUUGAUUGCAUCGCAGCGCAUUCGCAACUGCGGCUUUCUUGUGCCCAUGGACUAGGAAUAUGGCGCCUCCCGUUUCUCAUCGACGGCUUGUCGCCGCUAUCGUGUAUCGAACUCUCUACCUUCUUCUCUACGUCUGUCUUCUAGGGCUGCUAAUAGCUACCCCUGCCGACGCCAUUCAUCGCUCGUUCCAAAAUCGACAGCUCUACAACAUCUGGAUCGUGAUCGCCGCCUACGUUCUCGCCAUUGUCAUCAUUUCCUUCGUCUUUAUCACCCGUCUAUAUAUCAACAAGACCGAUCUUGGGUCGAUACCGAAAGGAUGGGUACCAAUCGAGAAGGGGGACCUUCGCUCGACUGUCUAUAAAGUAAUUGCACUGGGCCUUGGGCGAAGUGCAUCGAUCGCAUACGAAUCGCGCCCCAGGCUUCAAACAGACAACACGGCACCGGAUGAUGAAACUGUCGAAACAAGGGUUAAGCUGGGUUUUGAUGGUCCUAGUGGUCCAGCGGAGGAAUUGGUGGUGGUGAUCCCGCGUAAACAGCCUGUUUGGGGAGAUAUUGAACAUUAUGGAUGGUCCUCACCCAACGCUCCGGAUUUACCGAACCUCGAGUACACCACUGUCUUCUCUGAAUUACCAAAUUUGAUCGAGGGCAAAGCUUUGACUCUUGCGCCUCCUGACCCGACCUCCGAUACGAACCCGCCUUUGCUAGAUCCAGACGCAGUAGCUCUUCUGCAGCGAACCGCCAACAUGAGCCUGCGCGAUUACAUAGUUCACCUGGCUGAUUUGGGGGUGAUCGAGAUGGAUUCAACCACUGUCGAAUUUCUCUCACACUACGAAUACGCACGCUUCUCGAAUCGACCAAUUUCCAAUGCUCAGUUUAAGGAGCUUAUGCAUCUUUUUGCCGAGAUUCUUCGCGCCAUGGAACCCCUGGAUCCAGAUAUUCUGGACGAGCAAGAUAAUACAUCUUCACCCUCUACCGAUGACGAUGACGAUGCUAGAUCAAGGCUGGGCACGUCUCGCAGUAAUUUGGCUCCCUCAGACGCUAGCAUCAGUAGCUCUACUCGGAUACGGCGCCAGCCAUCCACGAAUACCUGGAACGUUUAUGAGACUGCUCCUAACAGCGUGAGGAGCGGAUUUACAGGGCCAGGGUCCAUAUCAAGAAGACUUAGCAAUAAUAGUCUUGCGAGAAGUCGGCGUCAUUACCCCAUGAGCCAACCAUCAACCUCCAGCCUUCGAUCCAAGUCAUCAGCUAGCUCAGGGUCUGUUAUUCGACUUGCGACACGGCACGACUCAACAGACCUACCUUACGUUCUCAGCUUGAGAGAUACGACGGCUAGCUACUAAUGACUUGUUUUUGGGGGCGCGGCGAUUGGUAUGGCUCUUAAUGUUAACGAAUUUAUGACCAAAAGCAUUAUAACAGAUUAUAGGAUAGAGAUUGUGUAAUUUCCUAAUUUUAGUCAAUUCUAGUAUAUAUCUUC